CCAACAAUGAAAACACUGAUGUUGUUGCAGCACACGUGGGGAAACACGACCCACCUGUGCUCGGUGGUUUGAAUCCCACUGAUGUCCCCUGCAGCUGAAACAACAGAGAGGGUGAGAGCUUUAUUAGAUGUCAUCCCAACAAAGGGGAGCCAGGACUCGGCAGCAGCGGUGCUGGUGACGGAGCGUCGCGGCCCCUUUAAGCCCGUUUAGGAAUAAUUAAUGACGUCGGGCUGUAAACACGACUGACGCUCAGCUGCGUGGUCACAGCAUCCUCUCAGACCCGGAGCCCCGAGAAGACCUCUCAAGGUUCCCCGGGUUUAUCCGCCGACAGCACCGACACCGCCGCAGUCCACCUCGACUCUCAUAUGCGGUCUCCAAAACCAAGACGACGGCGGUGCAUCUCUCCUACCAAGUGCCAUGGCUAGAAAGACGGACAUCCCCUCCUCUUACUACGGUGAGCCACGCAAGUUUGACCCAAACUUCAGAGGGCCGGUUCAUAACAGGAGCUGCACUGAUGUGGUUUGCUGUGUUAUCUUCGUCAUUGUCAUCCUCGGCUACAUCGCUCUGGGUACCGUGGCCUGGAUCCACGGUGACCCCAGGAAGGUCGUCUAUCCAACUGACAGCCACGGUCAGUUCUGUGGCCAGAAGAACACCCCCAAUGCAAACAAAGCCAUAUUAUUCUACUUCAACAUGUUAAGAUGUGCCAAUCCUGCAGUUUUAAUUAACCUCCAGUGCCCUACAACCCAGCUCUGUGUCUCCAAGUGCCCUGACAGAUUUGCCACUCUCCUGGAUGCGUGGAAUACCAAAAACUGGGAAUAUUACAAGCAAUUCUGUAAACCGGGCUUCAAGAUUGGAAGUAAGUCCACUGUAGAAGUCAUACGAGAUGAAGACUGUCCAUCUAUGAUUGUGCCAAGCAGACCUUUCUUCCAGCGGUGCUUCCCAGAUUUCAUUACAAGAAAUGGAAUUUUAACUGUAGCCAAUCAGACCAUCUUCAAAGACGGCGACAAUAACAAGAGAAGUGUCAGCGACCUCAAAGAUGCUGCCAAAGGUAUCGCCAAUCUGCUCAGUGCCAAAGAAGUUGGCAUGAAGAUUGUUGAGGAUUAUGCAAAUUCCUGGUACUGGAUCCUCAUUGGUCUGGUGAUAACCAUGGCAGUCAGUCUGCUCUUUAUCCUGCUGCUGCGCUACACUGCUUGUGUGCUCCUGUGGCUCAUUGUGUUUGGUGUCAUCACUGCUGUCGGCUACGGUAUCUGGCACUGCUACUGGGAAUACAGUUUUCUGAGUGGGAAGCCGGGAGCUAACGUCACCAUCUCUGAUAUCGGCUUUCACACAGACUUCAGCGUUUACCUUCAUCUCAGCCAGACGUGGCUCAUCUUCAUGAUCGCUCUGUCAGUGAUUGAGGCCAUCGUUGUGAUUAUGCUGAUAUUUCUGAGGACGAGGCUGCGGAUUGCUGUUGCACUGCUAAAGGAGGGCAGCAAGGCAAUUGGCUAUAUCAUGUCCACUCUCUUCUACCCUAUCAUCACCUUUUUCCUUCUGGCCAUCUGCAUCGCUUACUGGGCCGUUACAGCUGUCUUCUUGUCAUCAUCUGGGCAUGCCGUCUAUAAGGUUGCACCUGCUGAUGAUAAGUGCAUUUAUGCCAACCUCACGUGCAAUCCAAAGACCUUCGAUCAGACCAACAUCACCAAAGUGUGCCCCGGGUCACAGUGUAUGUUCGCCUUCUAUGGUGGGGAGAGUGUGUAUCACCGCUACAUCUUAGUCCUCCAUCUGUGCAACCUAUUUGUUUUCCUCUGGCUGGUCAACUUUACCAUUGCCCUGGGACAGUGCACCCUGGCUGGAGCCUUCGCUUCCUAUUACUGGGCCUUGAAGAAGCCAAAUGACAUCCCUGCCUGCCCCCUCUACUCCUCAUUUAGCAGAGCCAUACGUUAUCACACAGGUUCCCUCGCUUUUGGUUCACUGAUCGUUGCCGUGGUGCAGAUGAUCCGAGUGGUUCUCGAGUAUCUGGAUCACAAACUGAAAGGUUCUCAAAAUGCCUGCGCUCGUUACCUGCUCUGCUGCCUCAAAUGCUGCUUCUGGUGCCUGGAACAUUUCAUAAGGUUUAUAAACAGAAACGCGUACAUAAUGAUGGCAAUAUACGGAAAGAACUUCUGCACCUCGUCCAAGGACGCUUUCUUCCUUUUGAUGAGGAAUGUUAUUCGGGUGGCUGUCCUGGAUAAGGUGACAGACUUCUUGCUCUUCUUGGGAAAGCUGCUUAUUACAGGAGGUGUUGGUGUUCUUGCAUUUUUCUUCUUCACACAUAAGAUACCAGCUAUUCAAGAAGAGGUGCCAUCCCUAAAUUACUACUGGGUUCCUGUUCUGACGGUGAUAUUUGGAUCCUACAUGAUUGCACAUGGCUUUUUUAAUGUCUACGCCAUGUGCGUGGACACAUUGUUCCUGUGCUUUUUGUGGGACCUGGAGGUGAAUGACGGCUCUCCUGCUCGGCCCUUCUACAUGAACAAAACCUUGAAGAGCAUCCUGAGCAAGAAGAACGUCAGGAAAUAGAAACAAGAAGAGAGGUGAGGGAAGGAGAAAGACUGGAGGUCAUUUACCAAAGCAUGGAACAAACCUGUGUGGCAAUUUUACCAAAUGUAUUUUAAGUUUGCAUAAAUUUCACAUAUUCAUUAUAAUGGACAAGAAAGUGUAGUUAUGCUACUUUAAAAUUUUCAGUAACUUGCACAAUCAUAAUUUAUGGAUUGGGUAGGUCGUCUGUACUUAUAGCUCACUUCAGGAAUCUUGGUAUGGAUGGUGUACAAAGUUUUUAACAUUUCAGAACUAAAAUGUGAUUUGUGGCAUAAUUUUUACAGUCAUUCUCACUGACUACAAUCACUACAGUCAAGUCUAUACACAGCCACAGUCACGGUGCAUAAUAAGUUCCUAUUGGAACAAGUAAUGUCAUUGUUUAUUGAGGUUGUGGUUGAACCUCAGCUCUUUGUUCUUGAUCUCUUGUAAUUACCAGUUUUCACCACUUGGUGGUGCCAGUUAUCACCAGACCUCACUUUAUUCCAUGAAAUGGUCUAAUGUUAUCUAAACUCAUCUGUGGGUUGUUAUGUUGUGUUUCUGACCUAAAAUGUCUCAUAUUGAGAAAAAACGUCCACUGUUUUCAUAUUCAACUGUCAAGUAUGUUAUAGAAGUUCAGUUUUUAUUCUUAUAUGCAUUUUUUUUAAUUAUGUCAUUUAUUGUCUAAUUGCAUCUUGCAGAUACAUGUUUUUAUAUUCACAGAUGUUUUUCUUAAAGAACUCUGUUAAAGGGACAGUCAGUCACCAACUGUGGAGGUCCUUGUCUUUUCCAGAUAUUUGUAGUAAAACUGAAAAGUGAAGUGGAAUUGUCUUAUCCAGUUUUGAACAUCACAUAAUGAAGUAGAAAUGCUCUCAGAGUACCAAUCGCAACAAUCAAUAUCAAUACUGCAGUGUUAAUUAUUGUCUCAAGCAGCAAUACGCAGUUUCUCACUCCAUCGAUCUCAACAAAAAACUUCCCCCUGAUAGUUAAAAGGCAACUGCUUAUAUAGCCCCUUCCAUCAGCAGGAGCCAACCCCGACCCUGCAACCCUCGUCUGGAAACAGGCAGGUGAAACUAUUAGAUCCAACUUUUAAAAUGCCUGUGCUGGCUCUUGUCACCAAGAUUACAUUUGACAGCUUGAUUAAAACUCUGCACACACAAAAAUAGCAAAUAAUAAUUGCUCAGAGAAGCAGCUCAGUCAGCAAUCCGGAAAGAGCAAUAUGAUAGGCCACGCUCACUUACACAAAUCAAAAUGGCACUUCAGAUUUUGUUUAAUUCUGGACUCCAGAUCAUGCAUAGCUAAUUUAGUACAAUUUUGUUGACUUGAUUUGAGGUACAUAUAUUUGUUAUUUGUGGUGCCCCCUAUUGGUUGGGUUUAAAAUGCUUUAGUCACCCUAUUCUCAAAUAGGGCCUGAAGUAAAUGGCAGUGUGUAGGAUCUAGUUUCAUGUUGCAGCUGAACACCCCUCACCUCACCCUCCCCUUCCAAACAUGAAGGAGAACC